AUGAAGCUCCCUGGUGCUCUCGUGUUGCUUGGGGCUGCCCUGCUCCUGACCUCAGGGGGAGAUUGUGACAUUUGCCCAGCUAUAAAGGAGGAUAUUGACCUUCUUCUUGGCCAGUCUGUGUCUGACUAUGUUGGGUUUGUGGAGCGAUACAGUAAUAGCCCUGCCGUAUUGGAAAAUGCUGAAAAUCUGAAGAAAUGUGUUGACAGCAAGUUGACACAGGAAGACAAGGAGAGUAUACAAAGUUUAGUGUUAGAGAUGGAGCCUGUGUUCCUCCCCACCACUGCAACUUCUCUGUGCAUCCAGAAAGUUGCCUCUCCCACCUGA